AGGAUGAGCGGAAAGCAGACGUGGCCGCAGACGACUUCUUGCCGAACCCAGACGCUUGCCUCCAGGCACCCAUGAGAAGCGGGGUGGACAGGAAGAAGCUGGAGCAGCUGUAUGACAGGUACAAAGACCCACAAGAUGAAAAUAAAAUUGGAAUUGACGGGAUUCAACAGUUUUGUGAUGACCUGAGCCUAGAUCCUGCCAGUGUCAGCGUUUUGGUCAUAGCCUGGAGGUUCGGGGCGGCGACACAGUGCGAAUUUAGCAAAAAGGAGUUUGUGGCUGGUAUGACAGAGCUUGGGUGCGACAGCACGGAGAAGCUGCGGGCCCUUCUGCCAAGACUGGAGCAGGAGCUGAAGGAUCCAGUGAAGUUCAAGGACUUUUACCAGUUUACCUUUUUCUUCGCUAAGAACCCCGGGCAGAAGGGUUUAGAUUUAGAAAUGGCUGUUGCAUACUGGAAUUUAGUAUUACCUGGGAGGUUUAAAUUUUUAGAUCUCUGGAACUCCUUCUUACUGUUCCAGAUUCAUCCGGAAGCCUCCACUGUCCCUAACGUCCAGCAGCGCGUGUGGUGCGGCUCGGUCCGCGCCAGACUGCAGACCAGGCCAACUGGACGGUCAGACUCCGGAGGGUCAGGAGCGUGGCCUGUCCUCAUCGAUGAUUUCGUGGAGUACGCGGGGCCGGUUGUCACGGGCACCAAGCGCAGCCCCUUCUAGGCAGAAGAUGAGGAUGUGUCGAGAUGCCGAGAGGAGGUGCCUCCCGCACAGGGACGCUUCGCCGAUCAGUGUGC